AUUGGGCGUGGUUAAGAGAUGGAAGCACAAUAGGAAUGCCCAGUCAAUCGCCAAUCGGUAAUCACCAUGCGAAACUAGAGUGGUACGUCUUUGGAUAGUAGUAUCGUAUAGCUUCGUUACGUGUAGUAAUCUGUGGUCAGGUGUGGGAUCACAUGUUAUUGCAUAGUAGUAACAAAAGGCGCACUUUGUGAUUGUGACCGUGAAAUGUCAGCGUAUUUUCUGUAGACAGAUCUAUACAAAAAAAUGAAUUCACCAUCGGUGAUUCGCAAAUUAGACGAAACUGUUGUUAAUAGGAUAGCGGCAGGAGAAAUUAUACACCGUCCUGCUAAUGCAUUAAAGGAAAUGAUUGAAAAUAGUCUGGAUGCCCGUGCAGGUACAAUACAGGUUACAGUGAAGUCUGGAGGUAUGAAGUUACUGCAGAUUCAGGACAAUGGGACAGGAAUUCGAAAGGAGGAUCUUGGUAUUGUGUGUGAACGUUUUACCACUAGCAAACUGGAAAAGUUUGAAGACUUAUCCACGAUAGCCACAUAUGGUUUCAGAGGAGAAGCACUUGCCAGCAUUAGUCACGUGGCACAUCUCACCAUUGUCACCAAGACAGCAAAUGAGCAGUGUGCAUACAGGUAUUCAGACAGCAAGCUGAAGGCACCUGCAAAGCCUUGCACAGGCAACCAGGGCACACAGAUAACUGUGGAAGAUCUGUUCUAUAACAUGUCCACACGAAGGAAAGCUCUGAAGAGUGCCGCCGAAGAGCACAACAGGAUAGCGGAUGUUGUGGGGCGUUACGCCAUCCAUAACAGUGAUGUUGGCUUCACUCUGAAGAAGCAAGGCGAGAGUUUGGCUGACAUCAGGACCCCACCAAACUCCACAGUUGUCGACAACAUCAGGACCAUUUAUGGAAACACAAUUGCCAAGGAGCUCCUGGAGUUGAAAGCUGCAGAUGAUGCACUCAGGCUGAAACUGACAGGGUACAUAAGCAAUGUUAAUUACUCUUCGAAGAAACACAUCAUGUUGCUGUUCAUCAAUCAUCGACUGGUUGAAUCUGCAGCCCUGAAGAAAGCAAUGGAGCAAGUUUACAGCGUAUACCUUCCAAAAAAUAACCAUCCGUUCCUGUAUCUAAGUCUAGAGCUGGAUUCCAGGAACAUAGAUGUGAACGUCCACCCAACCAAGCAUGAGGUGCACUUCUUGCAUGAGGAUUUGGUGCUUGACAAGAUCAAGGCAGCAGUGGAGGGCAACCUGCUGGGAUGCAAUACCUCCAGAGUGUUCUACACACAGGCAGGCCCGGCUUCCUGGUGCUGGUAUGCCAAAGAGACCAUGGCUGUGGAGACAAACAAGAUAUAUGCCCAUCAGAUGGUACGGACUGACAGUUCUGUGCAGAAGCUGGACAAGUACUUUGGCUCCCCUGCUGCCACCACUAAACCCUCUGACAGACCCCCUUCUGUCUCUGAACUCCCAUUUUCCUGGGAGAAUGGAUCUUAUAUGUUUGGGUUGCUCACUCUCACUGUUAAGGAUAUUCAUGGCUUCCUGAACAAGGUACCUUGUUUCUGGUAUUAUUGGAUCAAAUUAUUGCUUAAUGCACACUGUUUAUUUCACAGCAAAGCGAUGAAUCCUGAUGAAGCAGGAGUCUAUGGGAAUGAAAGAGCUUCAGGACCGAACACGCCGGGCAAAGUGGAGUGCAAGUUGACGAGUGUUUUGGAGCUGCGACGUGAUGUGGAAGAGGCAACACAUGUGGGGCUGAGGGCGCUGCUGAAGAACAGCACUUUCGUAGGGUGUCUGAGUCCGAAACAGGCCCUGAUCCAGCAUGAGACCAAGCUGUUCCUUUGCAACACUGCU